CAGGCCAUGUAGGAUGGAGAUCCAAUUGCCUGAGGUGCCACUGCUGAGAAUCUUCUCUUUCCUGGAUGUAUACAGCUUGCUCCAGGUUUCCCAAGUGAACAGGUACUGGAACGAGGUUGCAGCAACAGAUUCCCUGUGGAGAAACCUGUGUCUGAGGAAGUGGAGAUUCUGCAACUUUUCAUAUCAGUGCCAGGGAACAAAGACAUGGAAGCAGUUCUUCCUCACCCAAACAAUGCAGGAACGUCGGAUGGCACUGGCACAACCUGAGGACUUUAACUGCAAAGAAGCAAAAGGAGACCUCGGAAUCUUAGGACCUAUGGCUUAUCUGUCAGGAAGUGGCCACACAAUGGACGGACAAGAGAAGUCAGUCAUUUGCACGGUGUCUUCAAAACGCAUGUUGUAUGCCUGGGAUGUGCAGAACGGCACUAUGAUCUGGUCAAGCCCAGUCCAGAAGUCUAGAAUCAUGAAUCUCACAACCCUCCCUCAGAUGCAUCUUGCAUUCACUGCAGAUUUGGAGGGAACUAUCAAAGUGUGGAAUUGUCAGUAUGAGGAUGCUCUGGCUGCUCUCGACAUGCCUCGGGCCAAUUUUUCCUUGGAAGCCUGUCUCACUAAGUAUGGUCCAUUUCUUAUGGUGGCCAAUGCUGAAGGUGACAUCUACACAUUGACAGUGCCUGAAUUAAGGAGCGUUUCUAAAGUUAAUGCAUUUAAAUACAGCGUUGAUUUUCUUCACUUCUCUCCUGACAAGAAUUGGCUCUUUGCAUGUGGGACAUAUCAAAAUAUCUUGCCAAGGGUGUUUUUCACAAAGUGCUUACUGAGGCCAUCAGAGGACUAUGCCCCUCUGUCUCUCUCUCUCCCGCUUUCAUCAUGCUGCAGAGCCUGCUGGGCUCCAAGAAGGCCAAACCGGAUAACACUGAUGUUCCGAAGGGACUCUUUCAAAAAGACAGGAUUCACCACCUUUGAUCUAACAGCUGUGAAGAAUGGGGACAGUAUAGUCCUCCAAGCAAAUCAGAUCGCAAGUUUCCUGUUGCCAGCUCAUAUGGAGAAUCCUAUUUGGAUGGGAGUCAGUGAUGGAAAUAUGAUUGCCUUUGAGAGUGGGCCAUACCUGUUGCUCUUCACCAUCAAUGGGCUCAUGCUGCAACAAUUUGAAAACCACCAGGGGACCAUUGGCUACUUGUGGGCGGAUUCUGUCCAUGUCCUUACCACAUCCAUGGAUGACUCUCUGCACAUAUACAUGUGGGAAGAAGAAGGCCGUUAUCCAUACCUCAAAAGCUGCUGUCACCUGGCACAGAAGCAGAAUGAUAAGACUCCAAGCUGCUAUGUCUCCAAAGCAAUAUGUGAUAAUGUGAGCAUAGUAUGUAUAGUAUCAAGAAUUCGUGGAUCCAGCAUUCUGGUGAUGUAUUCUUUGAAAAUGUAAUGUGGAAACUAAUGGAAUUAUGUAGCCUUGUAUUAUUUUCCUCAACGUAGUAAAGAGAA